GUGAACUUUCUCAGUCCCCCCCAUACCCCCCAAGCUCCACUCCACAACCCAAGCAAAGCAAAUGACACUCGCCCCACAAUGCCCAUGACCACCCCCGCCGCCGCCGCCGCCGCCCUUUCCCUCCUCCUCCUCCUCGCCGCCGCCGCCGCCGCCGCCGCCGACCCGCCCCUCGACUCCCUCCUCCCCUCCGACGCCGUCGCCCUCCUCUCCUUCAAGUCCCGCGCCGACCUCGACAACCGCCUCCUCUUCACCCUCAACGAGCGCUUCGACUUCUGCCAAUGGCGCGGCGUGAAGUGCGCCCAGGGCCGCGUCGUCCGCCUCGCCCUCCAGGGCUCCGGCCUCCGCGGCUCCCUCGCCGCCGGCACCCUCUCCCGCCUCGACCAGCUCCGCGUCCUCGCCCUCCACAACAACUCCCUCUCCGGCGCCGUCCCCGACCUCUCCGGCCUCGCCAACCUCAAGUCCCUCUUCCUCGGCCGCAACGCCUUCUCCGGCCCCUUCCCGGCCUCCCUCCUCUCCCUCCGCCGCCUCCGGGUCCUCGACCUGGGCUACAACGGCUUCGCCGGCCCGAUCCCGGCCCAGAUCACCGCGCUGGACCGGCUCGACACCCUCCUGCUGGAGGGGAACCGGUUCAGCGGUCCGCUGCCGCCGCUUAACCAGACCCUCCUCGGCGCGUUCAACGUCUCCGGGAACAACCUCACCGGCUCGAUCCCCGCGACCCCGACUCUGUCCCGGUUCGACCCGUCGUCGUUCUCCGGGAACCCGGGGCUCUGCGGCGAGGUGAUCAACAAGGCGUGCGCCUCGCGCGCCCCGUUCUUCGGGCCCUCCUCCUCCUCCGGCAACGGUAGCGGCUCCGUGCCGGCUCCGCUGGCGCAGAGCGCGCAGUCGCAGAACGGCGUCGUUGUGUCGCCGGCGUCUUCGUCGCCGAGGAAGCCCAAGAGAACCGGCGUGAUCCUGGGCUUCACGCUCGGGCUCAUACUGCUGGUUUCCGCAUUGUUGAUUGUCUUUAUCUGGUGCAAGGCACGGAAACGCCAGACCCACGCGAGCCCGAAAGAGCCCGCGGAGCCCGAAGAGCCCGUUCAAGCGAGAGCCGUGGAUCCUGCAGCUCCGAGCUUGAUCACGGAGCUGCAAGAGAAGUACAACAGCAAGAUUCAAGAGGCUCAGAGGGUUCGGAGGAGUGGGUGUCUGGUGUUUUGUGCUGGAGAGUCACAGCUGUACACGUUGGAGCAGCUCAUGAGAGCGUCUGCCGAAUUGCUCGGCAGAGGCACGAUCGGGACAACGUACAAGGCCGUGCUUGACAACCAGCUGAUCGUGACUGUGAAGCGGCUCGACGCCGGCAAGACGGCGGGCACGAGCGAGGAGGUGUUUGAGGGGCACAUGGACUCGGUGGGCUGGUUGAGGCACCCGAAUUUGGUGCCCAUGAGGGCUUUCUUUCAGGCCAAAGGGGAGAGGCUUGUGAUCUUUGAUUAUCAACCCAAUGGCAGCCUCUACAAUCUCAUUCAUGGUUCAAGAUCAGCAAGAGCAAAGCCUCUUCACUGGACAUCGUGCCUGAAAAUAGCAGAAGAUGUAGCCCAAGGCCUCGCAUACCUUCAUCAAGCAUCAAGACUUAUACAUGGGAACCUGAAAUCCACCAACGUUCUUCUCGGCACAGACUUUGAGGCCUGUCUCACAGAUUAUUGCCUUGCAGCCCUCGCCGAAUGCCCUCUAAACGAAGAUCCAGAUUCUGCUGCUUAUAAAGCCCCUGAGUCCCGAAAGUCCAUUGGUCGAGCCACUCCAAAAUCCGAUGUGUAUUCCUUUGGUGUCCUUUUACUGGAACUCCUGACCGGUAAACACCCAUUGCAACAUCCCUUCCUUGUACCUAGUGAAAUGCUGGAUUGGGUCAGGGCAAUGAGGGAAGAAGACAGUGAGGAUAAGAGACUCGGGAUGCUUGUUGAUGUAGCUACUGUGUGUAGGGUAACAUCCCCCGAACAGAGGCCGGUGAUGCGGCAAGUUUUGAAGAUGAUACAGCAGAUAAAGGAGAAUGUGAUGAUGGACGAUAAUGCUUCUGUUGGAUAUAAGUAGGUUUUUGUCUGUCCACAAGAUCUCUCGAGAUGAGAAAACACGGGAAGUAGGGAUUGAGUGUGCAUUAGCAGCUUGUUAGAAAAA